AUGGAGGCUAUUUAUAGACUACACAAGCUACCCUCCUUCCCUCUGCCGGCAAACUGCAAACGUGAAGGUCACUAAACAGAGUCCCCCAGGGCUGCCCUUUGUAUUUCAUGGGGGACAGAGCGUGCUGCUAAGGACACCAAUCUCAGGGCAACUGGACCAACAUUAAGGGCGGAGUGCAUUGCUGCGGUGAUUGUGCAAAUGGCAGGCGUGCUGAGAUGCGCUGGCAACUGUUCACUGCCCUUCCUUCUUACCCUAAACACUAGAGCAUUGCAGCGAUCCACUGGGCAGCGCUCUUUCAAAACUUUCCCUGCUUUAGGGGACAAACAGACAGCAAAAGGAAUUCGCUACAAAGAUCUUGUUGUUGGUGUCCCCAAGGAAAUAUACAAGAAUGAAAAAAGAGUGGCUCUUUCCCCUGCUGGCGUUCAAGCUUUAGUCAAGCAAGGUUUUAAUGUGCAGGUCCAGCACGGGGCUGGUGAGGAAGCGAAGUUCUCUGAUGAUCAGUACAAAGAGGCUGGAGCCAAAAUUGGGGACUUGAAAACUGUGUUUGCAUCUGAUAUCGUUUUGAAGGUCAGAGCUCCAGUCUUUAAUGAAGUGUUGGGAGUACAUGAGUCAGCCCUACUCAAGGAGAAAGCAACGCUUGUCAGCUUCAUCUACCCAGCUCAGAACCCAGACCUUCUGGACAAACUUGCUCAACGCAAAGCCACAGUCUUGGCAAUGGACCAAGUUCCUCGAGUCACUAUCGCUCAAGGAUAUGAUGCCUUAAGUUCAAUGGCCAACAUUGCAGGGUACAAGGCUGUAGUCCUGGCAGCUAAUAAUUUUGGAAGAUUUUUCACAGGGCAAAUUACAGCAGCGGGAAAGGUCCCACCAGCAAAGAUGCUCAUCAUUGGUGGUGGUGUAGCUGGCUUAGCCGCAGCUGGAGCAGCCAAAUCUAUGGGAGCUAUUGUCAGGGGGUUUGAUACCAGGCCCCCGGCUUUGGAGCAGUUUAAAUCCCUUGGCGCAGAAACGUUGGAAGUCAGUAUUGCAGAAGCAGGGGAAGGUGUUGGAGGCUAUGCAAAAGAGAUGUCCAAGGAAUUUAUCGAGGCAGAAAUGGCGUUAUUUGCCAAACAGUGUAAAGAAGUGGAUAUUGUGAUAAGCACUGCCCUUAUUCCAGGGAAAAAGGCUCCUACCCUCAUCACCAAGAAUAUGGUGGAGUCCAUGAAGGAUGGCUCAGUGGUGGUAGAUCUUGCUGCUGAGGCUGGUGGCAAUGUGGAGACCACCCGUCCUGGAGAACUUUACAAUCACAAGGGUGUGGUGCACAUCGGUUACACAGAUUUGCCAAGCCGAAUGGCUACCCAGGCCAGUAGCCUUUAUUCAAACAACAUCUUGAAGCUAUUAAAAGCGAUUUCUCCUGACAAAGAAUACUUUUUCUUUGAGCCAAAGGAUGAUUUUGAUUAUGGAACUAUUGAUCAUGUUAUUAGAGGGACUACAGUAAUGAAGGAAGGACAAAAAAUAUUUCCAGCACCUUUACCAAAAACGGUACCUCCAGCUGCUCCAGCUAAAACAAAAUCUGUUCAGGAAAUAGAAGCAGAGAAGCUGGCUGCCAUUUCACCUUUCAGAAAGACAGUGACUUCAGCUGGAGUUUAUACAACAGGUCUGACAACUGUUUUAGGGCUGGGCCUCGUGUCUCCUAAUGCUGCUUUCACACAAAUGGUGACCACCUUUGGUCUUGCUGGGAUUGUGGGUUACCAUACAGUUUGGGGCGUAACACCUGCUCUUCAUUCACCUCUAAUGUCAGUAACAAAUGCAAUUUCUGGACUUACUGCUGUGGGUGGCUUGGUGCUGAUGGGAGGAUCUUACCUUCCUGCCAGUGUGCCACAGACAUUAGCUUUACUGGCUGCAUUUGUUUCCUCUGUCAAUAUUGCAGGUGGCUUCUUAAUUACCCAGCGAAUGUUGGAUAUGUUUAAGCGACCAACUGAUCCUCCUGAGUAUAAUUAUCUGUACCUCAUCCCUGGAGGAGUAUUUGUUGGAGGUUAUGGUGCAUCUCUUCUCAGUGGAUACGGCAUUGAACAGAUGAUGUACUUGGGCUCAGGCCUUUGCUGUGUUGGCGCCCUGGCAGGGCUGUCUAGUCAGAACACCUCACGACUUGGCAAUGCUCUAGGCAUGAUUGGGGUUGCCGGCGGCUUAGCAGCUACACUGGGUGCUGUGAAACCAUCACCAGAACUAUUAGCCCAGAUGUCUACAGCCAUGGCCAUGGGUGGCACGAUGGGUCUCACCAUUGCGAAACGGAUUGAAAUCUCUGACCUUCCACAGCUUGUUGCUGCAUUUCACAGUCUGGUUGGUUUGGCAGCAGUUCUGACAUGCAUUGCUGAGUACAUGAUUGAAUAUCCACACCUUGAUGUUCACCCAUCUGCUAAUGUUCUCAAAACUGUGGCCUACUUGGGCACCUAUAUUGGGGGAGUGACAUUCAGUGGCUCUUUAGUAGCCUAUGGAAAACUGCAAGGUAUAUUAAACUCCGCUCCACUCCUUCUGCCUGGUCGGCAUUACUUGAACGCUGGAUUGUUGGCAGCUUCAGCAGGGGGCAUGAUUCCUUUCAUGUUUGACCCCAGCUAUACCACUGGCAUGGCCUGUCUUCUCGGGGUUUCAGGACUUUCAUCCAUCAUGGGAGUAACCCUGACAGCAGCUAUCGGCGGAGCAGAUAUGCCUGUAGUGAUCACCGUGCUCAACAGUUACUCUGGAUGGGCACUGUGUGCAGAAGGGUUUCUUCUUGACAACAAUCUGAUGACCAUUGUUGGAGCUUUGAUUGGUUCUUCUGGAGCUAUCCUAUCUUACAUCAUGUGUGUGGCCAUGAAUCGAUCGUUGCCAAAUGUCAUUUUGGGUGGAUAUGGUACAACCUCUACAGCUGGAGGAAAGCCCAUGGAAAUAGUUGGGACACACACUGAAAUUGGGAUUGAUCAAACAGUUGAACUGAUAAAAGAAGCUAACUCCAUUAUCAUUACACCUGGUUGGGGUCUCUGUGCAGCCAAGGCUCAGUAUCCCAUUGCAGACAUGGCGAAAAUGCUUAAUGAACGAGGAAAGAAAGUCAGGUUUGGUAUCCAUCCAGUUGCAGGCCGCAUGCCAGGGCAGCUGAAUGUUCUGUUGGCAGAAGCCGGUGUGCCAUAUGACAUUGUGCUGGAAAUGGACGAGAUAAAUGAAGAUUUCCCAGACACAGACCUAACUUUGGUCAUUGGUGCCAAUGACACUGUGAAUUCUGCAGCCCAGGAAGAUCCAAACUCAAUUAUAGCAGGCAUGCCUGUGUUGGAGGUCUGGAAAUCUAAGCAAGUCAUUGUCAUGAAGCGCACCCUGGGUGUAGGGUAUGCUGCAGUUGACAACCCCAUUUUUUACAAGCCAAAUACCUCAAUGCUGCUGGGAGAUGCAAAGAAAACCUGUGAUGCUUUACAAGCCAAAAUUAGGGAAUCUUAGUGUCUCCAGUCAGAUUUGUAUAAUUGGUGCCAAUCAUUGGUGAACAGUAUUAAAUGCCGUUAACUUACUUGGGCAAACUGAGCACAUUAAAAUCAAAGGAACUUAAGGGAAUAACUCUGGCUCAAUUGUAUUUCCAGGGAGUAGGUUGCAUACAGGUGCUCUCAUUUAUAUACAUCAGAUCAUUUAUAUGCAUCAGAAAGACAGGGAGACAGAACAUAUUAGAUCAUGUGAAAAAUUAAUAGUUUCUGUGCCUUCAUGAAUGAAAAUGUAAAUCUCUAUAUUUAUUAAAAUAUAUAGAACACAAUA